GUGGCAGGCUCAUGUGGGGGUGGGUAGGCCCCGCCCUGUUUGGGGGAGGGGGCGAUUGAUUAGUUUCCUGCUGCUCAGCACAGAUAUGCUUUGGCGGGGGGGCAGACUUUGGAGCAGAACCACAGUCCACCCUGCUGCUAUAAAAGCCCAGGAUGGGAGCCUUGUGGGACAGGUAAACACAGAGAACAUCUUCAGCCCCGAAACGCACCUGUGACAGAUGGCCCCUCGCCCGGAAAUGAAGGACCAAUUGACAGAGCCCAGAGAGACAGACAGUCCCAACUCUUAUUCUCCCACUGUAGAUGGCACUGCAGUAGUAAAGGACCCCCCAAUCCUCCCAGCUCUGUCCACUGUGACUCUGAUCCAGUCAGACCCUUCCCUCCAACUACAGCCAGAGGACCCCUGGGACAUACCUGAGCUGCAGGACACUGGGGUCCCCUGGUCAGAGCUGGACUGCAGUGAUAGGGCCUUGAGGCUGCUGAUCUCUGGGGGAAAGCUGCUCCUGCUCGUUGGGCUCCUCUAUCUCUUCGUCUGCUCUCUGGACAUCCUGAGCUCAGCUUUCCAGCUGGUGGGAGGGAAGGCAGCAGGAGAUAUCUUCCAGGAGAACGCGGUGCUGUCCAACCCGCUGGCAGGCCUGGUGAUCGGGGUUCUGGUCACACUGCUGGUGCAGAGCUCCAGCACCUCCAGCUCCAUCGUCGUCAGCAUGGUGUCCUCUGGAUUGCUGCAGGUCCAGUCUGCGGUUCCUGUCAUCAUGGGGACCAACAUUGGCACGUCAGUCACAAACACCAUUGUGGCCAUGACUCAGGCAGGGGACCGCAGCCAGUUCCGCAGGGCGUUUGCUGGGGCCACAGUUCAUGACUUCUUUAACUGGCUCUCAGUGCUGGUGCUGCUGCCCAUAGAGGUGGCCUCAGGGUUCCUGUACCGGCUGUCCAAGCUCAUGGUGGACUCCCUCCACAUCGAGAGCGGCGAGGAUGCUCCCGAGCUCCUCAACGUCAUCACUGACCCCCUUACCGAAUCCAUCAUCCAGCUGGAUGAAUCUGUCAUCAGUGGAAUCGCCACAGGAGACCCAACCGCUCGAAAUAAGAGCCUCAUUAAGAUCUGGUGCAAAACACAGACCAACACAACAUUGAUGAACGUGACUGUCCCUGGGAUAGAAAACUGUACCUCUAGCGCGCUCUGCUGGGUCAGCGGGAAUAUAACAUGGACCCUGAAGAAUGUGUCCUUGACCGUCAACAUUGAAAAAUGCCAGCACCUCUUCGUGAACAGCAGCCUAUCAGACCUGGCUGUGGGGCUGAUCCUGCUCAUCCUGUCCCUGCUCACACUCUGCACCUGUCUGAUCCUGGUAGUUAAGCUGCUGAACUCCAUGCUCCAGGGCCAGGUGGCUGUGGUCAUUAAGAAGAUAAUCAACACAGACUUCCCCUUCCCUCUGGGUUGGCUGACAGGCUACCUGGCCAUCCUGGUGGGGGCAGGGAUGACUUUUGUGGUGCAGAGCAGCUCUGUCUUCACCUCUGCCAUCACUCCCCUUGUCGGCAUUGGUGUUAUCAGCAUUGAGCGAGCCUAUCCCCUCUCUUUGGGUUCCAACAUUGGCACCACAACCACAGCCGUGCUGGCAGCCAUGGCCAGUCCAGGAGACACACUGGCCAACUCAUUGCAGAUCGCUCUGGUGCACUUGCUGUUUAAUGUGAUGGGGAUCCUGCUGUGGUUCCCCGUACCGCCCAUGCGGCUGCCGAUCCGGAUGGCCAAGGCGCUGGGGGACCGCACGGCGCAGCACCGAUGGUUUGCUGCCGUCUACAUCCUGCUCUGCUUCUUCCUGCUGCCGCUGCUGGUGUUCGGGCUGUCCCUGGCGGGCUGGCCGGCGCUGGCCGGAGUGGGCGGGCCCAUCGUCGCGCUGCUGCUGCUGGUUGUCGUGGUGAACCUGCUGCAGUCACACAGGCCGCAGCUGCUGCCCACCGUUCUGCGCAGCUGGGACUUCCUGCCUGUCUGGCUGCGCUCGCUGGAACCCUGGGACCAUGUGGUGAGUGCCUGCUGGUGCUCCUGCUGUCGCCGUGACGAUGCCGUGCCCCAGGAGAAGCAGGAGUCACACGUUCUGGAGAUAUACGACAACCCAGCACUCUCCCCGGAAAGCCAGACCACACCAGACAAGCAGGGCGUUGUCAAAGCAACGUAUCUGUAACGUUUUCACAGCAUAUUCCCCCCAUGCCCAAACUGCAGGGCAUCAAAGCAAAGUAUCCAGACCUGGCCUGUAUGAGUUUUUAUUGCAUAUGGACACAUUGGACUAAAUGGCUUUUUAAAAUUCCACUUACUGUAAUACAAUUUUAUAACAAAUUUUGUAUAUAUUUUAAAUUUACUGUACAUGUAAAUAUUGUGUAAUUACUAUUAUCCACUGGUUAGAGGCUGAGUCUAAAAGAAUCUGUGAGAGGGAAGUGAUGUCAUAGACCUAACAACCAGUCAGCUGCUCCACUUCCACCUUAAUUAUCCCAUUCGAUUUAGUGUCUGCUGGGGUCCCCAACCCUGGUCCUGGAGAGCCGUUGGGUCUGCUGGAGUCCCCAACCCUGGCCCUGGAGAGCCACAGGGUCUGCUGGGGUCCCCAACCCUGGCCCUGGAGAGCCACAGGGUCUGCUGGGGUCCCCAACCCUGGGCCUUUUUGUUUAAAUCAAAUUGCAGUAAAUCACAUGUAAAAUGCAAACAAGUGCUCCUUAUUGAGUUUGAUCCAUCACCACACUCAUAAGUGCUGACAGACUGAGCCAUACUUAUAUCACUGUACUGUAUCUGAAUGCAAUCAUCAAAUCAGCCAGCAGAAUGAGACCAACCUGUUCAGCCCCCUCCAGGAUAAACAGAAUGAGACCAACCUGUUCUCAGGAGCUGCCCUACUGAUCUGCACAGAAUGUUGGGUUUGUUCAUUCAGUUACCUGGGAAAGUUUAUACAACAAUAUGGUCACUACAGCCAUGUGUAUUGAAGUGGAAGAUAAAAGAUGACAAAUCCUCCGUCUGUAUGGAUCUGACUGAAGAGCUCUGGCCUCCAGGAAUGGGGGGCCUGUGUGCUCAGGACAUGUGUCCUCUUGGUGGGGUGCACGAACGAGGACUUCAGUUCCGCCUGAGUGGCCCUUCAUGCCACAGAAAUACAAUUCGGUUUGAUUCGGUUUUAUUUGUUAUUUUAAAUUCAACCUUUAUUUAAUUAUUUUUGGAUCAAAACUUCUCCAGCAAGAGAGGCCCACAAUGGGUUUAAUUCAAUUCAAUGAAAUUCAAUUAAAUUUAUUCUGUGUAGCACUUUUUACAGAGAACUGUUACAAAGACGCUUUACAGAGAAACAGAAGGAUAAUUGAGCAGAAACCAGGGCCUGAACCUCAAAAAGCAAGAAUGUGAAAACUCCCCAGUGAUGAACACUGAAAUGGUGGUGAGAACACCCCCCCGCCCUAGGAUGACCCCGGCCACAGAGGGGGGCUCGUCCUGCUGAUGCCUUUGGAACACAAGGUCCCUCUGAGGGGCAUAUAUUCAGUAUAGAGUAGUUAAUAUACAGUACAUUUCUUCUUUUGGGAUGUAUUAACUAUUAACUAUAUCUUUGCUUAGAAAUGCAGAUGUCAUGUCAGAUGCUCUCACACAGACAUUUUGUGCAUGGAGGUGCUUUGCUGGACUGUGUGGGGCAGGGUGACAAUGACUCUCAUUUCUCUGUUCUCAGACAAAUCACACUCUGUUUGGAAGAUAUUUUAGAGAUAUUUAUAUCAACUAAAAUACGGUUUUACUGAUGGAUAUAUGUAUAAAAAAUAAAUUUCCCCCCUUUUAUUCA